AUGCCUCGCGUACUUCGAUCCGCCACUCGCAAGUCUGCCAACACAGCACCCGAAACGUCCCCAAACCUGAACCCGAACACUUGGUCGAUUCCAACAGUCAACGCGAACGAGUCCGAGUCCAACAAACCCAUCCAUCUCAUCCACCCAAAGCGAGGACCCCUCCCCGGCCUAACGACAGAAGAAACGCGUCUCCUGCGAAGAAAGCAAGAACGUCUCCGCUUACCCACCACCAGCAACGCUUUCGCAAUGGACGCCUCGUCCUACGGACACCACAUUACAAACGCCCUUCACGCGACGUUUAUAUUCGCGCAAGCUGAAGCCGGUACAGCAGUCUGCAUCAGCUCCGACGGCUGGUUUUUUACCUGCGCGCACUGCUUCGGCGAGGACGAGGAAGAGUGGCAGACAAAUCGGCGCAAGUGGGUUCUCGAUCUUACCGGGCGCGCGGUACAAAUUGAGUGCCGCGCCUGGGAUAUACGGCGAGAUUCGGCGCUUGCAAGGGUUAUCUGCGUCGAGGUGGAGACUGGCGUUCAGAAUGUACCUCUCUUCACAUCCAUCCCCAUCCCCUUGGCUUCCGCCUCCGCAGAUUGCCCAAGUAUAAACCAAACACCCAUCGUCUGCAUUGGUCAGCCCGGCGCCGACGAUCUUGAGUCUUCAAGACCCCGCUCAACGGGCUACGGCUUACUCGAGAUCUCGGAGGGCCAGUUGAAUGGUCUGAUUCCCGGUGCGGAUCCGCAAGAUAACUCGGAUAUUGGGACAUUAAAGCAUGACGCCUGGACGUACUGGGGACACUCGGGGGCGCCGCUGGUCUGUGCGCGGACUGGGGCUUUGCUGGGGCUUCACUCGUCGUGGGACGAUACUACGGCAAUGAGGCAUGGGGUUCUGCUUGUCGCAAUUCAGUAA